CUCGCCCUCCCCCCUCUUCAUCGCGCUUUUUCCCUUGAGGUAACGAUUAGGUGCAUACCGAAUAUCAUCGAUCCCGAUUUCUGGAACGGGGUCACCGCACAGGGGGUGACGCGGGGGCAACGAUCCAACAGCCAGCGUCCGCGCGAGGGAAGGAAAACAGAUUCGUUCGCGGACGCAACGCGAACGCGAGGGAGCGAGAGAGUGAACGAGCGAAGACGUUUCGAUCGUAUUGCACACCAUUGCGCACACGUCGUCUGUCGUUCGCAGUCUCGUGUUGUGUUUACGUGAGCGCGUCGCAGCGUCGGAGUAAGAGAGACAGAGAACCGAGCAGAGAAGAGUAGCUUAGCUCCAUACAGUGGAGCUUCGUCCACUCUACACAUCGUCAUCCGGUAGAGUCUACUAUUUUUCUCUCUUCUUUUUUUUUCUCUCUCUCUCUCUCGCUCGCUCGCUCACUCGCUCGCUCUUGGACGAGCCACAUCGCUUCGCGCGUGGACGCGUCCACACUUACUUCCUCAUCGCCGUCCUCGUUUCUCUGGAGUUCUUUCUCCCCUCUCUCUCUCUCUCUCUCUUUUUCUGUGUCCUGUUCUGUCUCUUUCUUUCCCUUGAGCGCGUUCGAGAAUGACGAGCCACGCCGAUAGUCGCAGUUCGUGGCGGUGCGUCGUUUUCGCGGACGUCCGUUACGUCGAUGAAACAAAGUGAACUCGCCGUCAUCGUCGCGCGAGUUCGGCGCGUCCGCCGUGCGCGAGCGGGUCCGUGGAGGAGCGUCCUUCGUCGAUCCAGGAUUUAGGCCAGACGACGGAAAGAUGGAUGCGACGAUCGAGAGAGAGUGCAGCGCGUUGGGCGGUUUGUUUCAGCAGAUCGUCACUGACAUGAAGAAUGGAGCACCACUUUGGGAAGAUUUGAUUUCAAAAGCUACAAAGUUGCACACAUGUUUAAGAGCUGCUAUCUUGGCUAUUUCCGCAUAUCUUGAGGCCUUUCAGAAAAUAGCAGAUGCUGCAACAAAUGCAAGAGGUGCAACUAAGGAAAUUGGGACAGCAUUAACACGGAUAUGUCUGAGACACAAAGCGGUAGAAACUCGUAUGAAGUCAUUCACUAGUGCUAUCAUGGACUGCUUGGUGUUGCCUUUGCAAGAAAAAUUGGAAGAUUGGAAGAAGUCCUUGAUCAAUUUGGACAAGGAACACGCCAAAGAAUUCAAGAAGGCAAGGGCGGAAUUGAAGAAACGUUCCACCGAUACUCUACGGCUGCAGAAGAAGAAAGCGCGGAAAGGUCAGGUUCAUCUACACGUUCAGGGGCAAUCACAGAGUCACGGAACGUGCCCCGGCGACGUAGAACUCAACAGAAUGCUGGAGUCGUCAGCGGCGGUAGUCCAAGAGAAAAGGCUGAGCUUAGAGGAAACGGAACGAAAAGCCGUCCGGGCGGCCCUCCUCGAGGAGAGAGGCAGAUUUUGCCUUCUCGCGCGAUUCCUGAAACCAGUGCUCGACGAGGAGAUAGCGAUGCUAAUGGAAUUGACGCAUCUUCAAGAGGUCUCCGAUCAGUUGCAAAGACACGCCGCGUCGCCGCACCAUUUACCGCCUGCAUCCGAGCAGGUAAUAACGGACAUAAAAGGUUGCGACGUUACUCAAUGGUCAUUGGCAACGCCGCCGUCGAGUCCGUCGCUGUCUCUCGGAUCGAGGAAGAGUUCUAUGUGUUCGAUCAGUUCUCUAACUAGUAGCAGUAGUGGAUCAUGCAAAAGCCAUCCGAGCCCGUCCGGACAUCCGUGGCACCGUUCGCUCUCUCAGCCGGUCGACGGUCGUGUCAGGCCCGCCAGCAUCAGCGGCAUCGUGACGUUGCGUCACAUGACCAGCGGCAGUUCCCGUGAUUCCGGCUUCACGUCUCAGGACACGCUGUACAAUCAGCCCAUCUCCGAACACCAAGUAUCGAAUGUGUCUUCUCUAAGUAAUCAAAGUACCGGUUGCACUGUAACAAGACCCGUGUCAACUUCAACUUGGCCUGAUUUGCAGGAAACGUCCGUUCAGUACGACCGGCAAAAUCCAGGCGCCGUGAACGAACGGCCGCACACUAUCUCUUCCGCAUAUGAGAAAGGGCAUCAGAGACCGGCGCUCAGCGUCUACACAUUCCAAGCUCCGGAUCGCGACGGCAGCAGCUGUUGUCACAGCCAACCCGCUUCCCCGGUCUCCUCUUCCUCGUCAUGUUCUUCCUCGAAUCAGCAGCUGUCUAGGGUACAACUACGUAGGAAUAACGGCAGCACUCGUCCGCCCAUACCGAGCAGGUGUUCUAGUCUGGAGCGACCGACGAUCCCGAUGAAGAGCGACGCGCCCGGCAGCCCUCGGGGGAAACCCAAGUUACCUUUGCCGGCUCACCUGGCGAAAGAACUGGCAACUCAUCAGCUCCAGCAGCCAAUGUACGUGAAUAUGCACGAGCUGGCGAACUUGGCGGCCAGUCGCGCUCAAGAAAUGCAGCUUCCACUGCCGCCCCCGCCUACAUCGUUAACGGCACCAGGGACCGAUAAAGCCGAGAACCCGGAGAGAGAUGCCGGCAGUCAAACAUCCGAGUCCAGCUUGGAGUCCAGCAGCGGGUACGGCAGCCAAAAUACCUUGCCACAUUCCCAUUCGCUUCACAAUCAAAACGAGAACACUUGGAACGUACCUGGCGCCGCAGCUACGCUGAUGGCGCGUAGAGGAUCCAUGCAGCAGGUAACUAGACCGCCGCCCCCGACGAGACGCACGUCCACCGUCAUCACGGCGCCGCCCUCAUCUCUCAACGAAGAUCGCAACGAGAACGCUUGCGAAGAGGCGGAAAAUCUUCCUCCGCCACCUGCAUUCCUCCUGGAAGGCUCCUCGCCCACAGCCAGUCCCACGCCUCAAAGAUCGAUCUCUGUUUCGGAGACGGUGAGGACCCUGACCGAGCUCCGCCACACCCCGGCCAGCCCGUCGCUGCUACGGAAAGCCACCGGGCAGCAGCAGCAGCAGCAACAACAGCAGCAGCCGCCCCACAACAAUCCGAUCCAGCAUAACGCCGUGCUGCAAAUCUCGCGUACGUCGGUGGAGCGUUCGGCCGUCCGCUCGAUAUCGCAGGAACGCGGAGCGACCGCUGCGGUUGGCAGUAUGGCUGCGAGCGGUCAGGCUGGCGCUCAGAGUAGCCAAGGGCCGGGCGGCGUCGGCCAGGGUUUCAUGGCGGUGUUGAACGCUAAGCUCAUCGGCACCGCGGCGAGCAACAGCGCCACGGCCGGCGCCAGCAGCGGCAGCCCGAAAUCGUUGAGGAAGCAGUCGCUGGUCGAGACGCAGCAGUCCAACCAGAAGAACAGCAAGAGCGCGGCGUCCGGCUUCCUCGAGACGCUGAACGCCAAGCUGGCACAGCAGCAGCAGGCGUUGCAAGGGGGCAACGGCGGUGCAAGCAGGUCCGCGAGCGUCAGGCGCAUCAUGGGCAAUCGCGUGCCCAUCGUGGAUCCGCUGCAAGUCCGCGAUUCCCUCAUGGAUCAGAUCAGACGGGGCACGUCGCUGCGGAAGACCAGUGGUCCGAUCAACGACCGUUCAGCGCCCAAGAUCUACUGAGUGUUCCGGCGGGCUCCAAUCUCGCC